GAUCAUUUUGAAAUUCUCAGAGCCAUUGGAAAAGGAAGCUUUGGAAAGGUAUGCAUUGUUCAGAAGAAAGAUACCAAGAAAAUGUAUGCAAUGAAGUACAUGAAUAAACAAAAAUGUGUGGAACGGAAUGAAGUGCGAAAUGUAUUCAAAGAGUUACAGAUCAUGCAGGGACUGGAACAUCCUUUCCUUGUAAACUUGUGGUACUCAUUCCAGGAUGAAGAAGACAUGUUUAUGGUGGUGGAUCUGCUUCUUGGAGGAGAUUUACGUUACCACCUGCAGCAAAAUGUCCGUUUUGAAGAGGAGACUGUGAAACUAUUCAUCUGUGAGCUAGCACUGGCAUUGGAUUAUCUCCAAAGCAGGAACAUCAUCCACAGAGACAUAAAGCCUGAUAACGUCUUACUGGAUGAGCUGGGGCAUGUUCAUGUAACAGAUUUCAAUAUUGCUACAGUGAUAACUAAUGAUACACAGAUUACUAACAUUGCUGGCACGAAACCAUAUAUGGCACCUGAGAUGUUUACUGCUACAAAAACUUCAGGUUAUUCCUAUGCUGUUGAUUGGUGGUCAUUAGGAAUUACAGCCUAUGAACUCCUCAGAGGCCGGAGACCAUACCACAUUCGCUCUAGUAAUUCUGCCAAUGAAAUUUUGCAUGUGUACAAGACGGCCACCAUCAUGUAUCCUGCUGCUUGGUCACAGGAUAUGAUCUCACUGAUUAAAAAGUUAGUGGAAAUAAAUUCAGAAGAAAGGUUUUUUCAACUGAGUCAUAUCCAGGAGUUUCCUUACUUGGCUGAUAUCAACUGGGAUGCUGUUUUACAGAAGACAGUAUUGCCUGGAUUUCUUCCUAAUAAAGGGAAGUUAAACUGUGAUCCAACCUUUGAACUUGAAGAAAUGAUCCUGGAGUCAAAGCCACUUCAUAAAAAGAAGAAGCGCUUGGCUAAGAAGGAGAAGGAAAGCAACAAAAAUGAAUCCUCAGAGGCCUGCCAGCUGCAGAAAAACCUGGAGUCAAUACAAAGAGACUUCAUGAUUUUCAACAGAGAAAAGUAA